AUGCCUCUGAAGUAUCUCAACAAACUUCGAGACAAGCGCGUUCUCGUUGUGGGAGGAACAUCCGGGAUGGGAUUUGCAGCGGCCGAGGCAGCGGUCGAGUAUGGAGCUAAUGUUGUCGUUGCAAGUUCAAAGCUAGAGAAAGUACAAGACGCCAUCGGAAGACUGCGAAAGUCGUACCCAGAGGCAGCAGACCGCAUUCGAGGAAAACCCGUGGAUCUCAGUGCAGCCGACGUCGAGGAACAGAUCGUUGCUCUUUUCGAAUUCGCUAGCGAGGGAGGUAAACACACGCUUGAUCAUGUCAUUAUCACGUCAGGUGAUAGUUUCAAGCUGACACCCCUGUCAGAGCUCGAUUCUGAGAAGAUCCAGGCUGUUACGAAAGUCAGACUAGUUGGCACUUUACUGCUGGCUAAGGUCUCCUCGCGAUACCUUAAAAGCAGUCCGACCUCAUCACUUACACUCACUGGUGGGGUGACGGAUGCUAGACCUGUACCUGGAUGGGUGGCCAUGGGUGCUGUCGGCGCAGGACAACGAGGCAUCACCCGUGCUCUGGCACACGACAUGAAGCCGAUACGCGUCAACUUGGUGUGCCCAGGUUUUGUGAAGACGGAGAUGAUUGACAUGUUUCCUGCGGAGCAACUUCAGAGAAUCCUUACCAUAUACAAGGAGAAGGCAUUGACCGGCACUAUUGGGACACCAGAGGACCUUGCUGAGGUUUACCUUUCGUUGAUGAAGAAUGAAUUCAUCAAUGGUGCAGAGGUCUCUUCUGAUGGUGGUUACCUUAUCUCAUAG